AUGUCUCAUUCUGAAAAGAACAUUAUUACCUGGGACGGUCCGGAUGACCCUGAGAAUCCUUUUAACUGGCCUUCUUCGAAGAAAUGGCGUGUCACGGUUCUCGCAUGCUCCAUAACCUUCCUCUCCGGCAUCUCAGGCACCGCGCUCGCCCCCACCGCCCCACUCCUAACCUCAACCUUCCACCUCGCGCCCGACGCAACCCGCACCAUACCGCCGACCUACUACCCCAUCUUCGCCUGGACGCUGUCGGCCGGCGUCAUCCCGCUGCUCCUCCUCCCACUCAUGGAGACGUACUACGGCGUCCGCACGCCCUACCUGCUCUGCGUCCUCACCCUCGCGCUCUCCACCAUCCCGCAAGCUCUGGCGCCGGGCGGUGCUGACGGCGGUGCGUACCCCCUCCUCAUCGCCAUCCGCAUCCUGACGGGCGGCGCGGCAGGCGUGCUGCAGAACGUCACGGGCGGCAUCGUGGGAGACGUCUGGGCCGGCCCCCGCGCGCGCAGCAAGCCCGUCGCGCUGUACAUCUGGGCGCUGGUGGGCGGGUUGAUGGCCGGGCCGGUGGUCGGGGGCGGGACGGUGUGGGGAGGCGGCGAAGGAGGAGGAGGAGGCCUCAGCUGGCGCUACGUCUGCUGGGAGCAGCUCGCCAUCUACGCCGCGCUGGUACCUCUGGCCUACCUGCUCCUGCCCGAGACGCGCGGCGCCAUCAUCCUCGUGCGGCGCGCCGCCGCUGUCCGGAAGGCUACGGGGGAUCCUAACGUUCGUGCUGAAGGGGAAGAAGAAGCGGGAGGGGGUGGAAUGUCGUUGGCAGAGUUGUUAAAAGAUGCGGUCGGCCGCCCGCUGCGCAUGCUGACGACGGAGCCGCUGGUGGCGUGCAGCACGCUCUGGUCGGCCUUCUGCUUCGGCAAUGCGCUGCUCUUCACGCAGAGCAUCCCGCGUGUCUACGGCGAGCUGUACGGCUGGGAGAGCUGGCGCGCCGGCGUCGUGCAGGCCGGAUUGCUCGUCGGCGUCACGCUCGGCCUGGUCGUCGGCGCGCCGGUGCAGGACGCGCUGUACUACACCACCUCGUCACUUCGCAAAAGGAACCAGCAUCAAUCAUCAGACAGCGAGAACGGGAACAACGAAGAACCAGAACACGACGACGAAGAAGAACACUUCACCCCCGAAGCCCGCCUCUACCUCGCCAUCCCGGCCUCCUUCCUCUGCCUAUCCGGCGGCCUCUUCCUCUACGCCUGGACCUCGUCUCCGCACAUCCACUGGCUCGCGCCGACAUCCGGCCUCGUCCUCGUCGGCGCCGGCAUCUUCACCGUCGUCACGGCCGCAAGCAACUACGUCGAGGACGCCUACUCGCGCUACGCCGCCAGCGCCCUCGCCGGCGUCGCCUUCGGCGAGAACAUGACGGGCGCUUUCCUGCCGCUGGCAGAGCAGCCGCUGUAUACUAAUCUUGACUUGCGUUGGGCGAGUUGUCUGUUGGCGUUCGUGGCUGUGGCGUUGAGUUUUGCGCCCGUCGUGAUGGUUUGGAAGGGGGAGGCGAUUAGGAAGAGGAGUCCGUUUAUUAAGGAGGCGAUGUAUGAGACGCAGGGGGAGUUUGUGGGUGCGGAGAGGAAUGAGGGGCCGCAGUCUGUUUAG